AACAAAUAAUUUUAUAAUAAUCUUGUUAUAAAAGACUGCGUGUAUGAAAAAUGAAUAUGAAUAUCGUUUGAAUGGUUUAAAAUUAAAUGUUUCGUAAAAUAGAACACAAAGUCCGUCUCAGAAAUGAAGUUAUUUUGUGUAAUAUCUAAAUUAAAACAAAAAAAUUGACACUUCCUCGUUAAAUUUCAGUGUAAAACAAUCACAAUAUGCAUAAUCCGUACUAUUUGCCAGCCGUGAGUUCAUAUUAUAAUCGCAACCAUAAACGAGUCAGACCAACGGCAUUGGACCAUUUAUUAGAAAAUAUAUUUUCCUAUUUGUCCCUUAAAGAUCUAAAAAAUUGUGCACUUGUUUGUAAGAACUGGCACCGUAUCCUAAACGAUGAAAAUAGUUAUGUGUGGAGGCUACAAUGUAUUAAAAAGUUAGCUGAAGAAGUUAUGAAGUCUGAUCUGCUUUCAAAUCUUACAACAUACAAAGCGAAGUUAAGAGCAUUUUAUCACGCAUGGAGUCCAUACGACUGUUCACGAAACAUAUAUAUAAAAGCUAAUGGAUUUACAUUGCACAGGAAUCCAGUUGCACAAAGUACAGAUGCUUGCAGAGGGAAAAUCGGCUUCAAUCGCGGUAGGCAUGCCUGGGAAGUUAUUUGGGAAGGGCCUUUAGGUACUGUAGCUGUUAUAGGAGUGUCAACAAAGGAAGCACCAUUACAAUGUCCAGGAUAUGUUGGUCUCCUUGGUUCUGAUGAACAAAGCUGGGGCUGGAAUUUAGUUGACAACUAUUUAUUACACAAUGGAGAUACACAGGGCCGUUAUCCUCUUCUAAACAACUGUCCUAAAUAUCAAGUAGGUGAGAGAAUAAGAGUUAUCCUAGAUUGUGAAGGGCACACACUAUCAUUUGAAAGAGGCUAUGAAUUUCUGGGUGUAGCUUUCAGAGGUCUGCCGGUAAAGAAAAAAUUGUACCCAACAGUCUCAGCGGUUUACGGAAACACUGAAGUGUCAAUGGUCUAUCUGGGUCCUCCAUUAGAUGGUUAAAUUAUUAUCUAAUAUAAUUAGUUGUAGAAAUAUUAUAGUCUAGUCAUUUUAUGUGAUAUAUUUUAUAUUAUUUUAGCUUCUCAAGUGUUAUUAUUUUAAAUCAUUUGUUACAAACAUAUGGACACAUUACUUGUUUUAAUGAAAUGUUUUGUCUGAACAAGUAAUGUCUCAUUUAAAUAAAAAUAAGUACAUAUUUUCAUGUAACAUUCUCAUUUAGAAGAUAAUCUUAAAUAAUAAUGCAGCUUUAAUUUAUACAUGUAACAAAUAUUUAACUAUUUUAUUUUAAAAUACUAUUGCUUACUGAGAGGAAUCUUCUAUGUAAUAUUUUAUUAUGGACUAUUUGCAGUCUCAUUUACUUUUAAGAUUUAAUUCAUUCAAAAAUAAAAAAAAACAUUCCAAAAGUGUAGAUUAAAAAAAAAGUAUGUAAUCAGACUGUAUUUAUGAUAAUAAUUGAAAUUGAUAUCUCAUUAUUAAUGUGUAUUAUAUAACUUUUAAUUUACGUGUGAAAAAAAAUAUUUAAAUUACUCUAAUGUUAACAUAGCAUUUCAAUUGUUGUAUGAGAUGCUCACGAUUCAAUCUUCUACUUGUCAUAUCAGUUUAUUUCCAAUUUUAAUAAGGAGGUGCACCUCAAAUGAGAUAAUAAAAAUAUUUUUAAUAUUUUACAAAGAUGUAAAUCUCUAUGUUUUUAAAAUUAAUAUUGAUACAAAUACUCAUAUAUAAAUUUAAAUAGAUAAUAUGGAAUGAAAAAUUCAUUGUCACAAGCAAUAUGAACCUGCAAAUUCUUGAACAUUGCAUUACAGUCAUCAAUUAAGCUAAACUUGUUCUGACUAAAGAUGAUGAAUUGAGCUUGUCUCUUUUGCGGUUAUAUCCUGUUUCGAUGGAUUUUUUGUUUUAUAUAGUCUAUUGGAAUUUCAAUUAAAGUUGUAUAUCACUCAAAUAAAACUCAAAUUUGUGUUCUUGUUUAAUGGUAUAGUAACAUUUUAAUUUCAUUGUGAUAAUUGCAAAGCCACUUUCAAUUACAUUAGUAUUAAUGAAAUUUUUGUUAUAUGUAUUUCUAUAUCCUAUAUGUCAUAAGAGUGAUUGUGGAAUAUACUAACCAGUAUAAUUUUUAUUAACCAUGCAGUUGUUAUGACUAGAAAGAAAUCUUAAAAAUAGGCGGUCAAAUAUUUGUUUGGACUGAACAGCUUAUUCUUAUAUCAAUAAAUUGUGUUCUAUAAUUAUUGCAAUCUAAUUGUAAGCUAAGAGUUUAAUACUUUAAAUUACCGAGGUUCAUGAUUAUCACAAAGUAAAGGCCAACUUUAAAUGGGCUUAGAAUGGCAUAAUACAUAAUUUAAACUAAAUAAAAUACAUGUUAUGGUCACUAUUUAGUUUCA